AUUGAUAAUUUUGAAUUAGAGAAAUUAAUUAGGGAAAUAUCUGAAGCGAAUAAAAUUAAAAUUAUUAGAGCGAAAGUAUUCCGGAAGAAGUAUAGAAGUAAGAAGGGUUUUUUCUUUUUAAAAGUUAGUAUUCUAAAUAAUAGGGUUCGUUUUAUUAGGGAUUCCCUCUUUUAA